AUGCCUUCGACGCCAGACUUGCUGGGCGUGCCUCCAGAACUCUUCGAGCGCAUCGCCCAAUUCGCCCACGACUCGGAUCUACUGGCCCUUCGUCUUACGAGCAAAGACGCGGCAUCGAAAGUCUUGCGCACCUUUACUGAGACUCAAUUCUCCCAUCGACACAUCCUCUUCACCGAGGAGCAAAAUCUGAGUACCGCCAUCGAAGUCGCCAAGCACCCCGUCUUUGGACCUGCGCUAAAUAUCCUGUGGUUGUACGUGGACGAGGUCAAGCUUGAAACCGAUCCGGACUUUCCAAAGUUCUACAAUAAGCAGAGAGCGCUGAUGGAGAGUGGUCGGGAUCUUCAUCUCUUGACCGUCCUCUUCGCUCACUUGAGGAGGCAUGGUGUGCAUCCGGACAUACGCAUCUUUCCAGACGCUUUCGAGGUCAGUUCCAAGCUACCCGUUUCUUCUGACUACAAAACUCCGCACUUCGGCAUCGGCGUUUGGAGUCUACUUGAACCGCCAGAGCCCGAUGAUCAUCGGCCCUUCCUUAAAAUCAUAGAAGCACUGUCACUCAGCCUCCUGAAGCCAUCCGCAUUGAUAGUGUCCGAGGAGACCUGCAACGUGAUGAUCAACCACCUCACCGACCAACACCUGACACAUAUGGCGGAAGCUCUUCGACGUGUCAAAACGCUUCAGCUCAGCACUGUCUCUUUUCCAAAUGUACUAUCCUCUGAACAGGUCGAGAAAUUCUGCAGCCUGCUCAGCAACGAACUCGAUUUGACGGACCUCCUUCUUCGUGUCGAAAAAAUGGGUAUACCCAUCAUGUUUGACGAAGUCUUUGCACCCAGAAGUGAUGACGAAUUCUUGGUGGAAGAGCUCUUCAAGAAGCAAUUUACGUCUCUGAAGACGCUGCAGCUGGAUGGCGCGCGAUUCGAGGGAUGUGCGCUUGUGGACUUCAUUCACCGUCAUCCAGCGAUUCACACUCUGGAACUGGACCGCAUCUUUCCCUUCAGUGGAGUUGAUCCCGACGAUAAACUGAGUAAGAAAGAUUUCGAUGCAUUGCUCCAACAACUAACUACCGUUGUGGAGAUCAGCGUGAGCAACACCUACCCCUGGGGGUUGAGCUCACCAACAUACUGA